ACAUAGGAAACACUAUCGAAUCUGCAUCAUCUUCAAGAUAAUCAAGAAAUAUAGAGUUUUCUGCGUAUUUGUGAUUUGGAUAUAUAUGUUUAUUAUAAUUAUUUAUUUGCAACGCUUCCAGUAUGAGUUUAAUCAGAAUAUAUCCUAAUUAAUGCUCAAUAUGAACAUUACGGCGAAUCAGUGUUUAUUUUUGGGUUUGUUGCUUUUUUUCCCUGCUACGUGUUUUUGUCAAAAUUUCAGAGUUCUUCAAGACAAAAGAGACGGAAAGAAAGUAUUCUACAGCAAUGAUUUUGGAUGUUCGCUGCCAAAUAAACAAAUACGAUUUCCGGAACUAUACGAAACAGUUUCCGACGCCAGUCGAGUUCUAAGCCCACCAAUCAACUUCAGCGCCACCUAUCUGGAAAAAGAAGCCAAUGGCGGUGCGCCUGGUGUUUUCUACCCAGGCAUUUUGGUCUCCUUCUUUGAAUCCGACUACUACAAUUCCGAAAGGAUAACCAGCACGCGAGGGUACGAAAUAUCCGUGGGACGAAUAAGGAGUAGGAUGUGUUUCGUGGUACAGCUUGAUGAACAAUGGCCAAGGGAGGAUCUCAUCACGGUUGAGUUGUUUCCGAUGCUUGGAAUGACACAUUAUCGUGUUCACGCGACAACGCUGCCGGGGACAUACGCAGAACAGGGUACUGACGUCAUUGACGUGGCAACCGGAAAAUGGGAGCUGAAUAAAAACCUCCUUUCGCCUCCUCCUGCCCUAUGGUCACCGGAAAUCAGGUAUUUAGUGCCCGGAAAUGCGUCUGGAAAAGAGGUUGAGAUCGUUUUCUCGCGUCCACCUCCGGAGUACGGAUUCAAACGAUACGAAAUAGCAUUGGCGUCAAAAACUGACGUCAAUGCCAUAAACGUUGUAGUGACGUCACAGUUCUUCUACAUCUUUUAUGGCAUAACGCCUGGAGAAUAUAAAGUUAUGAUCAGACCCAUAGACGAAUACUUCUCCGUCUCCGACCGUUGUCUGUGCUCUUUGGGGAAUGGCGCAUGCGCAAACUGCCUGACAACGCGUUUAGAAACAGUCACAGUUCAAGAAUGAUUUAACAAUACGAUUGUCUUGAUCCAAUUCGUGAUCAAUUCAAUUAGUUUACAACUGUAUUACUCAACUGUCAUGUUUCAUUUUAAUGAAUAUUAACAAGCACACAUUAUGGUUAGGUGAUAUAACCAUAAUUUAAUUUUCUGUCCGACUUUAAUAGAUAAUGGAUCUAAGACAUUAUAUGCAGGAUGUCAAUAACAAUCUCAGUUUAAUUAAUCAUGCUGAAUUAAAGACGGACGGACUACUUUGCUCUGCUUGAAUAAUUUGUUCGCUUGGAAACGUAUACAGCUGUACUAUUUUUGGUGUAUUUUAUAAAUCAAAGUACUGAUA